GUAUCAACCUACAUUUCGUGAAUCUAUUACAGAUUGCCAAAUGAAUAUUCUUGGAGUUCUUGAAGAACUAAAAUACCACUCUUUCGUAUCUUGUAACAACGAAAAACACGAACAUAUUCUUCAAGUCAGGAAUUUCCCUUGUUAUGUCCUCCUCAAUUUUUGUGAGGUUAGAAGGUUGGAGUGAGAUGACAAGUGAUAACAUUAAUUAUUAUUAAUCAAUGAAUACAUAAACAAAUAAAAAAUAAAAACAAGUGUAAUAAGAUUAAAAGUGAGCACACUGAAAAAUGCCUGAUAGUGUAGAAUUGAAUAUUGAAAAAGUUCUUAUGGGGUCACCAUUGGAAAAUAGUGAAUCUGCCAUAUGUGACUAUACAUUAGAAGAACAAAAUGCUACUUUGGAAAUUCAAGGUGUUAAACCAAGCAUAAGUCCUAACUUCAAGCCCGUAUUGAAAGAAACUGUUACAUAUGUUGUUGCUGUUCUUGUUAUAAAUGAGCAGAAUGAAGUACUUAUGAUUCAAGAAGCAAAAGAGAGUUGUGCUGGUAAAUGGUAUUUACCAGCUGGUAGAGUGGACAAAAACGAAACAUUAUAUGAUGCUGCUAUAAGAGAGGUUUUAGAGGAAACAGGUUUGAUUGUGGAAUGUACGACAUUGCUAAAAGUUGAAUGUGCUAAAGGAUUCUGGGUUAGAUUUUCAUAUAUAGGACAUGUCACUGGUGGAAAAUUAAAAACUGUUUCACAGGCGGACCAGGAAUCUUUACAAGCAAAGUGGAUUGGGGAUCUAAAUGAAGUAACCUUAAGAGCUGAUGAUAUACUUCCACUCAUCGAGAGAGCAAGAGAAUACAAAAACAGACAACAUAACUCUGGUUGGCACGAGAACAUUAUGGUUGGUUUGUUGUCUCAUGAUAGAAUUCUCCUACGUCUUGUGGUUGUGAUAAGGAAGAAAUCUACCAACAGAGUUCAUGUCUUGCUCAGUGAAAAAACGUCUUGGCAUUUACCUGUUUGUGAAAUUCACCCUGCAAAAUCGCUUCAUUCCACUUUAAGGAGGUUUAUGGUGGAUUUAUUUGGUGCCGGAGUACCUAUACACAAACCUCACGGUAUUCUCAGCGUAGAGCAUCAUUAUUCAAAUGGAGAUGGUCUUUGUAUUACGCUUCUUGUCGUUUUCAAACCGCCACUAGAAGAAGUCCCUAUUAUCGGAAAAUGUGUUUGGCAUGAAACGUCUACAGAAUUGGGGGAUAAUCUGUUGCAAAGGGUUUCGAAUAAGAACUCUACUAUACCUUUACAUGUUAUUUGUUGAAAUUUAUAUUGUAUUCAGUGUAUUCAGAUUUUA